AUGGCAUCCGAAAAGAAAGUAGCAGAGAAUAUGCUCUGGGGAGGUCGUUUCACAGAGGGCCUUGACCCAGUCAUGGAGCAAUACAAUGCUUCUCUCCCCUACGACCGUCUCUUCUACGCCGAAGAUAUCGCCGGCUCUAUCGCGUUCGCUCGCGCCAACAAGAACAAUGGCAUCCUCACCGCCGACGAGUUCGCAGCCAUCGAGAAGGGCAUGGCCCAGAUCAAGGAGGAGUGGGCGACGAAUUCCUUCGAGGUCAAGGCGAACGAUGAAGACAUCCACACCGCCAACGAGCGACGGCUAAGCGAGAUCAUCGGCAAGGACAUUGGAGGCAAGCUCCACACAGGGCGAAGCAGGAACGAGCAAGUCGCGACCGAUAUGCGGUUAUGGCUGAGGGAGCAGCUCAGAACACUAGAGGGCUACCUGAAGCUCCUGAUCAAGACAUCGGUACAGCGAGCCGAGGCUGAGAUCGACGUGCUCAUGCCGGGCUACACACAUCUCCAGAAGGCACAGCCCGUCCGGUGGUCGCACUGGAUCCUAUCGCAUGCCACCGCUUUCGCCUCCGAGCUCGAGCGCCUCCGCGAAGUCAUCAAGCGUGUCAACCGUUCCCCCCUCGGCUGCGGCGCGUUGGCAGGCAACCCCUUCAACAUCGACCGCGACGCCAUGGCCAAGGAACUCGGGUUUGAGGGCCUGCUCACAAACUCCCUCAACGCUGUCGGAGACCGCGACUUCGUCUUCGAGACACUACAAUGGGGGUCUAGCUUCAUGCUCAAGAUGUCGCGCUGGGCGGAAGAUUUGAUCAUAUACUCGAGUCUGGAGUUUGGCUUCGUGCGGUUGGCUGAUGCCUACUCUACUGGUAGCUCUCUCAUGCCCCAGAAGAAGAACGCGGACUCGCUGGAGCUCAUCCGAGGAAAGAGCGGUCGUGCUUUCGGACACAUGGCGGGCUUGUAUGUCACCAUUAAGGGUCUGCCUACGACCUACAACAAGGAUUUGCAGGAGUCUGUUGAGCCUCUUAUCGAUCACAUCAAGACGGUCAGCGACUCCAUCCAGAUCGCCACCGGCGUUUUGUCGACCUUGAAGAUCAAUGCCGACAAGAUGCACGCUGCACUUGCCCCGGAGAUGCUGGCCACAGAGUUCGCAGACUACCUCGUCCGAAAAGGCGUGCCUUUCCGUGAGGGUCACCACAUCUCUGGUCGUGUUGUUGCGCUAGCAGAGGACCAGAACGUUCCCAUGGAUAAGCUGAGCUUGGAACAGCUGAAGGGUAUCGACUCCAGGUUAGGCGACGACGUAGUUGAGUGCUUAGACUAUGAGCGGGCGGUAGAACUGAAGAACGCCACUGGUGGCACAAGCAAGAGCGCCGUCAUGGAGCAGAUCGACAUCUUGAAGACAAUUCUCUAG